GGUGGCCAAGAUGUUGAACGAGAAGGAGCUCAUUAUUCGUCCGAUGGUACAAGAAAGUGUGCAACACAAUGCCAGAGUAAUAUCGAAUAUCCGAGCACUGACCGCAUCACUAUUCGGUGUAGCUGCUGGCACACUAGGACUCGAGUCCUGGCCUGGGUUCAUCUUCUACUUCAUCGGAACCGCCGUUGUUUCUGUUCUCAUCUUCGCACUCAAGGCAGAACAAAAUGCAGCGGCGUUCUUCUUCCGACCGACUACAGACCUCUGGAUUGGGGACAUGUUCGGCGGAUUAAUGUCUUUCGUCCUGACCUGGACUUUGUUCUAUGGACUAUGCAAAGCGUGA